UCCUUCCUUCCUUCCUUCCUAGUAGCUAGAAUGCAGCAUUGCAGGCUAACUCACUGCUCACUGUUCGAUCCUGACCGGCUCAAGGUUGACUCAGCCUUCUCUGCACUCUUUCUAGAGCCUCAGACAUCAUUGCACAUCAAUGAUGACAUCAAGAAUUGGACAUCAUCCUUCAUGGUCUCUCAUCCUCUCUCUCUCUCUCUCUCUCUCUCUCUCUCUCCUUAGCCCCAAAAGCCGCCUGAUCCAGUUAAAGAAAGAAAAACUGGAAUACACGCCCGGAGAGCACGAAUACGGCUUAUUCCCUGCGCCUAUUCACGUAGGGAAAUACCUUCGGCAAAAGCGAAUCGACUUUCAGUUGCCUUACGACAUUCUCUGGCAGUGGAAGCAUAACCAGCUGUACAAAAAGCCAGAUGUUCCACUUUAUAAAAAGAUCCGAUCAAAUGUUUAUGUGGACGUCAAACCUCUGUCUGGUUACGAAGCCACCACUUGCAACUGCAAGCAGCCCGACGACAGCCGGAAAAGCGGGUGCCUGGACGACUGUUUGAACAGGAUGAUCUUCGCCGAGUGUUCGCCGAACACGUGUCCCUGCGGGGAGCAGUGCUGCAACCAGCGCAUCCAGAGGCACGAGUGGGUGCAGUGUCUCGAACGCUUCCGGGCGGAGGAGAAAGGCUGGGGCAUCCGGACCAAGGAGUCCCUAAAAGCCGGGCAGUUCAUCAUUGAGUACCUGGGGGAGGUCGUCAGCGAGCAGGAAUUCAGGAACCGGAUGAUUGAGCAGUACCACAACCACAGCGACCACUACUGCCUCAACCUGGACAGCGGGAUGGUGAUUGACAGCUACCGCAUGGGGAACGAGGCCCGUUUCAUCAACCACAGCUGCAACCCCAACUGUGAGAUGCAGAAAUGGUCGGUCAAUGGCGUUUACCGGAUCGGACUCUACGCUUUGAAGGACAUGCCGGCCGGCACCGAGCUGACUUACGACUACAAUUUCCACUCCUUCAACGUGGAGAAGCAGCAACUCUGCAAGUGCGGCUUUGAGAAAUGCCGAGGGAUCAUCGGCGGCAAGAGCCAGCGAAUGAACGGCCUGCUCACCAAAGCCAACCAGAUGGUCACGGCACAGAGGCGGCCGAGCCGGUCCAAAGAGAAGAGGAAGUCCAAGCACAAGUUGAAAAAGAGGAAGGGCCACAUUCCCGAAGAGCCCAGCGAUAACGCCACCCCCCCAACUCGGCUGACUCCCCAACUGCAGAUGAAGCCCAUGUCCAACAGGGAAAGGAAUUUCGUGCUGAAACACCACGUUUUCCUGGUACGCAACUGGGACAAGAUCCGUCAGAAGCAGGAGGAGGUCAAACACGACAGCGACAGCCUCCACUCACCCUCGUUGUACACCCGCUGGAAUGGGAUGUGCCGCGACGAUGGCAACAUCAAAUCCGAUGUCUUCAUGACCCAGUUCUCCGCCCUGCAGACUGCCCGCUCGGUGAGGACGCGACGGUUGGCGGCCGCCGAAGAAAACCUGGAAGUGGCCCGAGCAGCGCGCCUCGCACAGAUCUUCAAGGAGAUCUGCGACGGCAUCAUUGCCUACAAAGAUUCCUCCAGGCAAGUCCUGGCCACCCCUUUGCUGGUUGUCCCUCCGAAAAAAAAGAACGCCGAUUACUACGAGAAGAUCUCGGACCCCCUCGAUCUCACCACCAUCGAGAAGCAGAUCCUGACGGGCUACUACAAAACGGUGGAGGCUUUCGACGGGGAUAUGCUGAAGGUUUUCCGCAACGCCGAGAAAUACUACGGCCGCAAAUCUCCGAUCGGGCGGGACGUCUGCCGGCUGCGGAAAGCCUAUUACAACGCCCGUCACGAAGCGGCGGCUCAGAUCGACGAGAUCGUGGGUGAGACGGCCAGCGAGGCGGACAGCAGCGAGACCUCCCUGUGCGAGAAGGAGAGCGGGCACGAGAAGGACGAAGACGUCAUCCGUUGCAUCUGCGGCUUGUACAAAGACGAAGGGCUGAUGAUCCAGUGCGAAAAGUGCAUGGUUUGGCAGCACUGUGACUGCAUGGGUGUGAACUCGGACGUUGAACACUACCUGUGUGAACAGUGCGAGCUGCGCACAGUGGAUCGGGAGGUACCGAUGAUUCCCCGGCCUCAUUACACCCAACCCGGCUGCGUUUACUUCAUCUGUCUGUUACGGGACGAUCUCUUGCUCCGCCAAGGAGACUGCGUGUACCUGAUGCGAGAUAGCCGAAGAACCCCCGACGGCCACCCGGUCCGGCAGUCGUACCGCCUGCUGUCCCACAUCAACCGCGAAAGGCUGGAUAUCUUCCGGAUCGAGAAGCUGUGGAAAAAUGAGAAGGGGGAACGUUUCGCCUUCGGCCACCACUACUUCCGCCCGCACGAAACCCACCACUCGCCCUCCCGCAAGUUCUACCACAACGAGCUCUUCCGGGUGCCACUGUACGAGAUCAUCCCUCUGGAGGCGGUGGUGGGGACCUGCUGCGUGCUGGAUCUCUACACCUACUGCAAAGGCAAGUCGGCCAGAUCCCAGAAGCGGCUUUCCUCCCGCCUGCCUCAGACAAAUGGAAGACCCAAAGGGGCGAAGGAGCCAGACGUUUACAUCUGCGAUUAUCGGCUGGACAAGUCGGCCCAUCUCUUCUACAAAAUCCAUCGUAACCGCUAUCCGGUCUGCACCAAAUCCUACGCCUUCGACCACUUCCCGAAACGGCUGGCGCCGAAAAGAGACUUCUCGCCUCAUUACGUACCUGACAACUACAAGAGGAACGGAGGCAGGUCAUCUUGGAAGUCCGACCGCUCCAAGUCCCAAAAUAAAGACCUGCCUCAGGAGGAGGAGCCUCUCCCCCUUCCGGAAGAGGGGAUCGCCAAUCCCGAGCCCCCUCCUGGAGAGCCGCCAGCCCACCCCGAGGAGCCCGAGAAAGAGGCCCCUUCCCUGGAAAACGUCGAGCUGGAUAAAAAGGCAGAGGAGGGCAGCCCCGAGCCCAGGGAGCCUUGCAGCCCGGAAGAACGCCGGCACCUGCAGCGGGAGCGGCUGAACCAAAUACUCCUCACCCUCUUAGAGAGAAUCCCAGGAAAAAACGCCAUCGACGUCACCUACCUGUUGGAGGAAGGCUCCGGAAGGAAGCUGCGACGUCGCACCCUCCUCCUCCCCGAGAGCAGCUGCAGGAAGUGAACCCGCGUCCAUGUGUUUUUCUCCCCUCCCGCACACCGCCCGCGCGCCCCUCCCCUUCCCCCCCUGCAGCAAGGGUGCGUCUUGCAAUUCCUCCGGGCGUUAAGACUGACAGCCGGGCCGGGAUUUUUGGACUUUCCGCCAUCCUGCGUCUCUCAGCCCUCCUGGAAGAAGCAACCGGUGGCAAGAAGAGGCCGAAGCCCUCGCGGUCCGGCCGAGCAGAAGGAAACUGACGAAACGGUUCUGUAGCACUUAGUCCCUGCACUUGGGCAGGCAAGCCCCCUCCCACCCACUCACCCCCUCCCCACCCACAUCCCCCAGGAGCCUUCAGCACUGUGGGGACGGAGGGGGGGGGAGCCAGCCCUGCCAUCUCGUUCCUCUUAAGGUACUUAGGAAAAAAAAAAAACAGCCUCUCUCCUCGGGGGGACGGGACGGAGGGGGAUGGGACGGUCACCGUUUUAAUUUAAUUUAUUCUUUUUGAUUCCCCUGCCCCAUUUCACUCCGAUGGUCCAGAGGGAGAAAAACAAGGCGUCGCCUAGAAAAGCGUGGGGGGCACCUGCCCUGCUGCCCCCCCCUCCCACGGGCACCUCGUCGGUCCUGCCCUUUCCAAAAUCCGGGGAAUUAUCCGGGCACUGCGUGGCCCCCCCGAGGUCUAGCAAAAUAUAAAUAUAUAUAUAUCUCUAUAUAUUAAAAAAAAAUUAAAAACCUGUCUCUGACAGGCACCGGAACGAGACCGCGGGGAGGGAGGGAGAAUUUCCUUACCGGACAUUUUGCACACACAGGAAGCUUCGCGUUCCGUACGGAUUGCCCCCCUCCCCCCAGGGAAACUACGGUUGGAUUUUUCGGAAGCACUUGGGUUCCACGUCGUGCAUCCCACGGGAGGACGGGACAAAGAGGAUGCUGCGCUUAAUUUUAAUUUUAAAUUCUUUUUUUUUUUUUUUUUUGCCUCCCCCUCCUGUUGCGGAGAAUUUUUUUUUUUUUUUUUUUUUUUUAAAGCAGGUUCCGGGUUCAGAAUAGCUCCCCCCUUCUUGCGGGCUUUUCCCGUCUUUUCGCUUUCGUUUUUUUCCUUUCCUCUUCUUUCUUCCCUUCUUCUUCUUCUUUUUUUUUUUAUCACCUUUUCCCCCUCCUGCCCGCUUUCGUACUCAGCUGUCGUUCUCUCGUGAGUCCGGUGUAUAUCGUGGCAGGGGGCGGGAAAUUCGAGAAGGAGGGAGGGUGGGAAAACCCAGAGAAAAUCUCCCACGCCCCAAUGAUAUGAGAAGGAGAAAUAUAUAUAUAUAUAUAUUCCUUUUUCACUACACGAACCGUGGAAACAGUAUUUCUGAGCGAGCGGACGAGCGAGCAUCUUGUCGCGAAGCUGUCGAGACGACUGGACCCACCGAUGACACUACUCUUUUUGCGGGCUUUUUUUUUCUCCCCCCUUUUUUUUAAUUUUCCUUUUUGAUUUUUUUUUUUAAACCCUCGUGUUUUUUGUUGUUCGUUUUUAAAUUUCGAAAGACAAAAACUGUACAGCUCACCAAGCGGCUGCCUCUUAAAGAGGCAGUGUAUUUCGCACUCCGCCUCUUCAGCCAGGAACAAAAAGUGUGGGGUGGGGGGAAUAAAAAAUCAAAAUCGUCAUGGAAGACAAAAACAAAAUAAGGAUUUUUUCAAAGGGGGGGGGCGGUUUGUUUGUUUUUCUUUUUCUUCUUCUUCUGUUCUCCCCCCUCUGGUUUGCUGCAAAAAAAAAAAAAAAUAUCCAGACUUUUCACGCGGGGAAAAUCAAAAAAGGAGAGACUUUCUGCAAAGUUUUCCCCAGCAGCGAAAACCCCACACAAAAAUCGGAGGUUUUUCUUUUUUUUUUCCUUUUUUUUUUUUUUUUACACUGGCUCUUUAACGUGGCUUCCCGCUCUUCGUCUUUUCGGCGUUCACAUGCAUAUUCUUGGUCCUGUUUUUUGGUGUCCUUAUAAACAAAAAUCCUGUUUUUAAAUGUGCCAAGUUGUAUAUAUCUUAAACCUUUUCCUUUUUAAUUUUUUUUUUUUCUCGUGUGAUUGUAAAGCAAUAUGGUAACUUUCUCUCUCUCUCUUUCUCUCUCUCUCUUUCUUUCUCUCUUUCUCCAUGUUCCUUCCGGACGGACCAAUUUUUGUUGUCCAAUCACUGUACAUUUUUCUCGUUGACUAUAUUAAUUCUUCUUUUGAUCUUAGUUUUGAAACCACAACGGAGAAAAAAAAAAACACAAUAACAACAGAAACCAAGGCGCCAUUCCAUUCAUAAACCGGACGAUUUCAAUGGUUUUUAACAAAAAAAAAAUAUAUAAUAAUAAUAAUGCGGGAUUUUGACGGGAGGGAGGGGGGGAAACGGGGAAAGUGAAGAGGGGUUUUCUCGAGAUCGGGGGGGAGAAUAAAACCGAGAGGGACAAAUAACGACGGCCCUUCGCGGUGCAAAAGAAAAAUAUUUUAUUAAAAAAGAAAAACGACAACAAAAGACAAAAGGAGUUAAAAAAAAAAAAACCCACCGUUUGGAAUAUUUUCUUACUGUAGAGAAGCAAUUGUAUAGCAAGAUUCCCCAAGAGUAUGUGAUACUCAAAAUGUUUGUGUCGUGCGGGACUAAACCACAAAAUCGCAUGUUUUAAAAAUAAGGGAGUUGCAAGUGGGGGUGGGGGAAAGAAACAAUAAUUUGUGUUUUUGUUUCUUUUUUAGUUGCGCCGAGUUCGAAAAACGGGAGCGGGCGGGAAUACUUUAUUUUUAUUUUAUUUUUUUUUUUGGUCUCGAAAUGGUGUCAAACACUAAAAAAGAGAGAGAGAGAGGUUUAAAAACAAAAAAAAAAGUCCUUUUUAAAGAGAAAAUAAUAAUAAUGUUCGAUGUCGCUGACAGUGGAGCAGAGAAGAAGAAUAAUAAUGUUGAUUUUUUUAAAAAAAAAUAAAGAAAAAAAUUCAAGCGUGCCCGGGGGAAUGCGAGAUGCGAGACACUAAAACUUUGCCGUUGUUUUUUUUAUUAUUAUUAUGAUGAUGAUGAUGAUUUUUAAAAGAAAAGAAAGAAAUCUUUCUUUUUUUUUUUUUUUUUUUUUUUUUGUCGGAAAGAGUAAAUAAAGACGAAGCCGAUGGUUUUUUAGACAAUCAAAUUCUAGAGAAGCACGAAGAAUUUGUGUUGGCUUUUUUUUUUUUUUUCCCCCAAAAAAAAUAUUUUUAUUUUUAUUUUUUGGCUUUGUUUUCUUAAAACUCGGUUUGUAGAGAGAAUCGCUGACUUUUUAGGAGGAGAAAUAAAAUCAAAUAAAUCGGGACAGCUUGGGAGGGAAAGGGAAGGUUAUUUUGUAUGAAAACUUUAAAAGGAGACCGAGACCCGUUGUUUUCAAACAAAAACACAACCCUGAUAAAGAAAGAGGCCCAGGAAAAUUUUAAAAAAAAAGAAAGAAAGAAAGAAAAUAAUGAAAGAAAGAAAGAAAAACAAAAAGCACUACAUUUUGUGGCAAAGUGGAGAUAACAAAACUCUUUUUAGCCUGCAUGGGACAAAAGCCGUGUGGCGACUGAGAAGAAUUGCUGCUAAUAUAUUUCCUUUUUACAAAAGCAUAUCUAAAUAGACAAUUGUUUUGAUGUUUAAUCUUUGUAAAUUAUGUAUUACCAAUUUUAACAUUGGAUGUAAUUGCAUAAAAAAAAAAAAAAAAAUAAGAGCCUGCAUCUCAAAUAUUGAGAGAUUCUAGUAUUAAAUGGAAAAAAAACCACAUGUUUCUUA